CAUAUUCCGUUCACGUUUUGUCUGCCAAAGCAUCAAGUGUGAUUGUACGGAGGUUAAGUUACAAAGGAUUGCAAGUCGAAGCAAUAUCCAAACAUGUAUCUAAUGUAUUAUUUGGAUGACAAAGGAAACCGAGUAUACACUUUACAGAAAGUAGACCCUAAUGGAAAGCCUACGAUGUCUGCACAUCCAGCUCGAUUUUCUGUAGAGGACAAAUAUUCAAGAGAAAGGAUUACAAUGAAAAGAAGAUUUGGUUUAUUGUUGACGCAGCAACCACAACCUAGCUACUAAUAUUAAAUAUAAAAUUAAUUUUAUUUGAAGAUAUAAAAUACGAAUGAAAGAAAGUGUUAUGAUGUGGCCUGAUACAACCAAGUAUGAUAAUCAGUAUCUCUUUCAGUAAAGGGAUGGUUCAACUUUUACACCCACAACUUCCUUUAAUGAUAACGAGGAAAAAUCUCUGUACUCAAGAUUAUUCUGCAUGGAAUUGCAUCCAGUAUCAUACCAUUACAAUUUCAUAACGACCUUAACAAGAAGUUAUAUUUCUAUUGAAAACUUCAAUGUAAUAACUUAGAUGUAAAUUAUUUUGUAUAUUGUUUUGUUCCGUUGAUAGUAAAUAAAUCAUU